UCAAAACAUGGCGCGAGAUACGUGGAGAUUCCUGGUGAAUCCCUGACUAGGGCCACAUGCAUUUAUCGAAAUAACCACAACACUGCUGACCUUAUGAAUCCCUCCAGGGAUGAGUGCAAAGAUACAAGCUCAAAUACCUCAUCGGCGUUCUGGAAAUAUCAUGGUCUGGCUAGGGAUGGGAUAAAUUUAUUGUUGAACAAUGGUUUUGAAGAAUCACAAAAGCUCUUUCGAAGUCACAGUGAUGGCUCUCCACUAAUGAGUGCUGGUUCAGGCAUGGUAGACUUUGUGCAAGCAAUCCUCACAUUUGAGGAUGAUCAGCUUGACAGGGCUCUUGAGAACCUUAAAAGAGCUCAGAGGAUUUGCUGUGUAGAGAACAUCAGGAAGGGUACAGGAAUGGGGCUUGAUGAACAGCUGAUGAGGCAGAUCUUGUAUGCUGAUUGUGAGCUCUACAUGGCUCUUCUGACAUUCCUUAAACAAGGCAUCACUGAUUAUAUCAAGGGUGGAUAUCUGAUGCGACGUGCAUGGAAGCUCUAUGAUAAAUGCUACCGUGAGAUAAGUGCUAUUGGUGGACCAUUCUUGGCAUGGGCCCCUGAGCUAAGGUGUAAUACAAAUGGUGCUAUUUCAUCUGGCCUUGAUGAUGUUGAAGAGGCUAUUGAUGAGUCUGUAGAAACUUGUGUGGUAUCACCCUUGGACCCUGAGGAUGUGGCGUCUCCCCUGGACAAUCUAACUAUAAAUGAAGAAACAGUCAAGCUCUCAGCUGCAGCUGUCAGUCCUGAGGCAUUAAAGCACCUUCAGGCUGCAGUAUCCUGUGGUUAUGGGCUGUUUCAUUUGGCAAUAUCUCUAGUGCCACCCAAGCUGUUAAAAUUCUGUCAUCUUCUUGGCUUUUCUGGAAACAGAGAAAUUGGAAUACAAGCAUUGAACUUGGCAAGUCAGAGUGAAGAUAUGAAGGCUCCAGUGGCAAGACUUACCUUACUGUGGUAUCAUGCAGUUAUCAGACCAUUUGUUGCUCUGGAUGAAGGAAAAAAUGAGGAGGGUUUAGCCAAUGCGACUUCUAUCUUAGAAGAAUCUUACCAUGAAUACCCUUGCUCAGCUGUUUUUUUGUUCUUCAAAGGGCUUGUAUCCAGAUUGAAGGGUCACAUUGGUGUAGCAUUGGAUGAAUUUCAUCAAGCCAUGCACUCUGCUGCAGGACAGCAAGAAAUAGCUCUUAUAUGUCAAUAUGAAAUAGGUUGGUGUCACAUGUUAAGGCUUGAGUGGGAAUACGCUCUCCCAGCAUUUCUUAGAUUGAAAGAAGAAUCCAAGUGGUCACAAAGUUACUAUGCUUAUCUCUGCGGAGUCACAAUAGGCAUUUUAGGAAGUACAGUUGAGGCUCAAGCACAAUUUAAAUUGGUUCCUAAAUUUGUUAAGAAGAAAACUCCACUGGAACAGUUUCUCUUAAGGAAGGCUGCUAUGUACAAAAAAGGGCCACCAUCAGAGGCUGAUUGUUUACUGUUAGCAUUAGAACUUCUGUAUCUGUGGAGAGCAUUCUACACUUGCAGCGAAACUGUCUUAAAUAGAAUUCUUUCAGAUGUAGAGGAGUGUCAAGUGAGUGCCAAUCUUGUUCCUCUCAAGUCUCUUAUACAAGGAUCGGCUUGUCAGGUCCUCAAGAAAACUGACCUAGCUGUGAAGUUUCUUCAGGAUGCUAUCGUCAAAUCCGGUCGUAGUCCUCCAGAUUCGCACGUGCCUCCUUUUGCCAUGUAUGAACUUGGUGUUCUAUAUGCGCAAGACGGAAAGAUGAGCACCAAAGGAGAAGAAUUGUUGAAAAGAGUCAAGGACAACUUCAGUGGUUAUGACUUUGAGAACCGACUGAGUUUCCGUGUUCACGCAGCGCUUGCCAGAAUAGAAGAACGAAAAAUGAGCCAAGGUCAAGUAAACACCAAAAGGUGAAAAUAAUAGCCAAGGUCACGCGAUAUUAACCCGGACAAACCUCACUCACGGAAUAAAUUAUGGAAAACUAACCUAAGAAAAGCUUAGAGAGGAAUUGCAGAGGCAACAGGAAAGGAUUAAAACGGAUUGAUGAGGCCCUCAUCUGCCUGAUAAUGCUCAAACCUCACUCUUUGCUAUGUGAUUGCAAUUUUACUAAUCGAGUUGGUUUUCUUAAAACAAAACUGUGCAAAAAUUGCUAAACAAAAUUACCUUUAAUGAUCUCCUUUAUACUCUAGCAUAUUACUUUACGGUAAGUCGUUAAAUUCCUUUUUAACAAAGUCAGUGUGCUGGCACAACGUUCUUAAAAUGAGAUUGUGUUUUAAAGAAUUCCAUUGAUCAAUGUACUUUUGUUUAAAAAAAAAUUACAAUUUUAGUCGUUGUACAAGACUUUGAACUACGUCUGAAGGC